UAUAGCGGCGCCGGAUUACGAGACAAGACAGGGAGAACCCUCGCCGUGACGUCACGCUUCUCCUAAGCGAGACAAAACCCGAGAGGGAGAGAUGAAGUAGACGAAGAGAAGGACGGGCUCCGUUGACUGCGGCCGCUAGCUGCUGUCUCGAACGACGUCGCUCCACCACCGCGGCGGCGCCUUGUUCUUCGCGCACCUCGCGUUGGAGAGUUUUCCUUUCUCUUCUCGUCUUGUUUUGUUCUCGUUCUUAUACGCUCGCCGUUCCGCUCGUCAUAAUCAGCGGCGGUCAGCCUGUGUCGAGGGGCAGGAUUCAACGCUCUCCGGCAUUGUCUGCGAAGCGGCCGUUGGUGAAACUCGUGCGGUUAAAGACGUGGCGGAGGAGGGAGGAGGGCGACCUUGGUUCGCGCGCCACGCCUUCGCACCUGCUGCUACUGCUGCUGCUGGCGCGGAAAUCAAGCAGGGAAAAAAGCGGCGUACGACGACGGACGAGGGUGCGCGGGCGUGUGUGCCGGACUGUUCUUUAAUCUCCGAAGAAACAAAGGAAACGACCCUCCUCAGUGAGAAGCCACGCUUCGGAGCUGGUACAAUCCGCUGGCUUGUGGUAUAAAACGGAGGGCUUAUAGGCAUUGCCGGGAGGAACACCCGUUCGGCGUUUCGUACUGCGAAGUUUCCUGUCCGGCUCUCGAACUUCCUUUCAUUUGCAGCGCGACGUUGGACGCAAGCGCACAGAAGAGGUGUACGGGACAGGCGCUGGGUUGUCCCCGCUUCGUGUCGACUGACCCGGACGACUGGUUCGCCUUUACUGUUUUGUCGGAAUGUGCGCGUGUGACACGUCCUUCGCGGUGGGAUACGACUGGUGACGGAAGUGAGCCUGGUGCCUGCCUUGUUCCAAUAGCCGAGAGGAUACGCGUCGAAAGCUGUCGAGGAGCGAGAGGGCAGCGUUGCUCGAAGGAAGAGUAGCACCACCCGAAACUGCGCGUGGAACGAAGAGUGGUGUCUGGAAGGACCAGAAGAAGAGUGCGCGCCGGACGGAAGUUCAGUGGCAGAGAAGCGGCGGCCUACUGCCCAAACGCUAGGGAGUAGAAAUGUUAUGUUCCGAGGUUCUCCGGGAUCUGACCGCGCGCUUCACCGCCUGACACCGAAGCGAACACCGACUGCCAAGCGAAGGAAAAGGUUCGACGUUCGACUUCUGAACAGAGCCGAAGGCAAACUCGAAGACGCCGCCAGUGCUGGGGGACCUCGCUGGAAUGGUUUUGGCGAAAGUUUAUCGCGAAGUGCGCGCAGCUGUAUACUUCAAAUCGAGUGACACCUUGUGGAACGAGUACUCCUCGUGACUGACACCUUGAAAGUUUCUCUCGCGCUUCUCUUGCCGUGCUUCUGUCGCCGUUUGCGGUGAACGCUUUGUCAUUCUUACAACGCAUGCGACGAUCAUCUCAAUUUGAUCGAAUCUGCUCCAGCUGCGCACGCCGACGCGCCCUGUAACGAUAUCUCGUUUAUCUCGUCGUCCAUCUACGAGAUCUCGGUGAAAUCAAAGGAAUAUAUUGCAAGGAGUGAGAUAGACAACUAUAUCUAUCAAGGAGUGAGAUAGAUAAGCGUACGUUAUCUGCAAGACGGCGUUCUGUGCACCGUAUACCCACAUCUGUGCGCCAACACUGUGAUCGCUCUCAUUCUUUCCCACCCGCGCGCGCUCAGCUGGACUUAUCAGCUGCGCGCCCGACUAUUUGCAUUCUAAGUACGCCGCGAUUUGGGAAACCGAGAAACGAGAUAGAGAGAACAUAAAGACGCGCGCGUGUGUGUGCGCGCGCCUGUGUGAUACGGCAGAUUGCAACUACGACGCGCCGAGUCAAAAGAAAGAAAACGUUGAGAGGCUGUGCGCUGAGAGAACAUAAAGAGGUGUGUCUGUGUGUGUGUGUGUGUCUGUGCGAUACGGCAGAUUGCAACUCCGCCGCGCUGAGUCAAAAGAAAGAAGAAAACGUUGAGAGGCUCUGCAGUGAGACACAAUGCGCGGUACCGUCGAAGAAUAGUCCGGAGACAAGGCUUGGUCCUCCAGAGCCGGCAGACAUGUGCGCCGAACAAGCCGCGUUGCGACGACAGCAGAAUCCGGCUGCGCCGAACGAUAUCAGAGAUAAGCUCGACGCGGGCGACCGCUCGGCGCGGUCGGCGUGCCAUGCACCUGAGGGCGAUGAUUCAGGCCACCGCCGUGGUUGACGGUCCGGCGAUCCACCGGUUCCAGAGGAGGCGCAUCUCCUACCGGCGCAUAGCGCUCAUCCGGAGCUACUACAGCAAAGUGCCGUCCUUGCAGGUGCCGCUCAAAAAGUCCAUGAAGAACCUGUCGUGUCCCGACCUGACCAAGCUGGCGCUCCAGAAUGGUGGGACAUCGGAAGAAGACCUGCAGAGGGCUCCCAGCCUGGGCGACUCCAUCGGAGACACCAUGUCCCUGCACUCGGACCAGUGCACGGAAGACGAACUGCAGUUUGCCUUCAAGAACCCGAAGCUCUUGAGGACCAACAGAUACGGCGAAGACAGCGACUCCUCCGACUGCAGCCACCUGGAGAUGAUGCCCGGGACUCCCCGAAACAUCCUGACUCCGCAAACUAUGCUGCGUCACAGCGACGUCACGGACACGCGUGCGCCUUUCCCGGUUUCAGAUGACGACGCCUUGCAUAGCCAGAGUGACAAGUCCUCUCAAAAUGAUUCGAGUUCACCGAAGCUCAUGAUGAAGCGACCGACUCCUCGACAGAGGCGAAAGGCUCCGGCACCCCAGAGCCCCCUGGUCCAAAACAGCGCAGGCAGGAUUCCAAGCAUCAAAGUUACCUGUGAGACGCCGGCGCUGCGGUCAUCCUCUGCGGAGAAGCUCAACGCCUCCGACUGGGCGGCGGUUCAGCUGACCACUCUGAAGCGCUGGUUCGCCGAGCUGCAGGACGACUUCUCCGAGUGGCACCCCGUCGAGGUGCCAGACCAGCCUCCAAAGGACAACGACGAGUCCUUCUCGCUGAAAUACACCAAGGACACCCUGUUUCGAUUCGCGUGCGUGGACUGUUCGCUGCGGGCAGUGCAACACGAGCUCACGAAGCUUCUCCAGUGGAAGUCGCCACUGCAGACGCUCCUCGUCGUUGCGGCCAUUCUUCACGGACUCUGGAACGACUGCCUGCUGACUCUCGUCUUCGUCGGAGUCGCGUUGGGGCUCAUCAAGAACUACCUGGGCAUGAAAGGCUUCCUCGGCUCAGCCACAGACGACGUUUUCACGACCGAUCACAAGAAGCUUGGCAUCGGCAUGGGAAUCGAUAAGGUGCCGGCGAUCAUGUCCCUCAACAUGAAAAUAGCGAAAACGUUUCACGUGCUGUCAGACGCUUUCGACAAAGGACUAAGCUUGUGGACGUGGAGGAAGCCGGCGGUGACGGCCAAAGUAUUGGGCAUCCUCGGCGUAUUAGCCCUGUACUCGAUGAUCCGGCCCACGGCGGAAGUCAUCAAAGUGCUCGGCACCGCCCUGGUUCUGAAGGCCUUCAUCCUGGACUACGUGUUCGUGCGGUUCCCGCGGGUGCGCGCAAAGUACGACUUGGCGUGGAUCCUGUGGAACGAGCUGCCCACCGGACCCGAGAUCGAGAAGCAGGCGCGAGUGAACAAGAAGAAGGAGAAGCUCGCCAAGAAAAAGUCCGAACCACCGCUGAUAAUGAUCAACAACAACGCAAGCGAAAGCCGGUCCCAAUCGCCCGUCUCCUUCCGAGGGGACGACAUCGACGAAGUUCUCAGCAGCAUCUUCAACAUACCCACCUCGGAGAUGUGCCUGCAAGGCUGGGAACAAGGCAGAAAGUGCACGCUGAUCAAGAAGGAGCGUUCGCUCACCUCUGCAUUUCGCAACGGUCGUCUCUACUUGACAGACCAUUACCUGCUUUUCCUGCGGUACAAAACCCAGCACCCCAAGAAUCUCACCAUCCACCUCUCUGAAAUUUCCAAGCUCGAAAAGGGAAAGACGGCAUCGUGGAUAUCCGGCGAUGGAGCGUCCCUCAUUGUGACCAUGAAGAAUGGCGAAGUGUACACUUUUGGCACUGUCGCAAAUCGAGAGGAAACCUUCCAGAGCAUUGUGGAGCAAGGAAUGCAGAACAACUGCAAGUGGGCAUCCAUAGCCGACCUUCUGCAAUCCAAGACCAGCUAAUCAACUCGCCACUGGAGACCUUGUGCAUACACUCCACAUUCCAUGCGCAAAUCAUUUGUACAUAUGGCCAUUGUCAUAGUCAAACUCUGUGGCGCCACCUAUAAGUCUCAAAUGAUUUCUUGCCUGUGCAGAGUUGUGUUUGUAGUUUGCCUAGUCAGUUGCUGUAAAUAGCCACGAAUGUUGUGUCGAGGAGAGUCCGACACCAUGUAAUGAGCCAACAAAGAGAUUAUACAAUUGUACAUAGUAAACGAGAAGCUCAGCCCUGGCAACAACUAUACAAACGUGCCAGGUUAGGCUCUACGACUGCUUAAGACCUUUGCUUGCCUAGGCAAAGGAAUCUGCAAGCAUCCACGAUUUCAGUUGUUCCGUGCUAUUUCUCACGUGUGCUUCACAGCCGACAACGAAGACUCAACACAUUGGUGGGAAAUAUCCAAGAUAUUUCUGAAGACUGUGAGAGCAACCAUUCUUGGAAUUGCACUGACUUGCCUUUUAAACAACAGCUUAAGGUGCGAACAAGCCAUCAGCAUUCAGUCUACAGCCAAUGUGUCCUUACGAAAGUGACCAAUACAACACGAGACACUGUGAGCACAUGUGAUGUGUGAUAUGUGAGCAGCAUGUUUACCUCUUUGUUUACUACAAAAAAAUGGGCAUAUGUUUUGAAGCUAUUUUAUGAGGAGCCUUUGCCUCAGUUGUUGAACAUUGAGUCAUUUAUUUCCUGCUGUUGCUCUUUGACAAUUCAACACAAUAAACUUGUACAUGAAAGUGUGUGUUUCCUUGUUGAUGGCGG